GGUGGACCGAGUCCGGCCGAAGACGGCGUCCCGGCGUCGAGCGUCCGUCAGUGCGUGUGUGACAUGGCUGCGAGGCGCUACGGCGACCUAGACGCCCUCCACAUCGCGAUGUGAACAUACCCGCAGCGUCCUCGAACGAUCGCUGAACGAUCCUUCCACGUUCCUUCUCUGUUGACGAUCUUCUCUAUUCUGUCGCGUUGUUUUGCUUCGCGACGUUUUUCACGCGAUAACACAACACCGUAUAUCGUGAUCGGAUCGCGACGACCUACGACCUCGUUCGAAGAAAUACUCGAAGAACGUCCUACUGCGAGCUUCGAACGUGAAAGUUGGUCGCAACUUUGUCGACGAACCUGUAAGAAAUUUCGAGAACGAACUAGGAUACAGCGUCGCCAGGAACUGUCUCGUGUGGUAUUAUCGAACACGAUCACGUGAAUUCUGUUUACGUUUCGAGGACAGUGCGCCUCGGAGUUGUGGGUGGAAACGCAGGUUGCGCAGAGUGACGAGAAACCUCGAGUGGUGUGAGUGAGAAGCGGGUCGAGGAUAUUGCAUAACUGGUGCGAUAGUCGAGAACGCCUGAAAUUUCGUCAGGGAAGUUAAAAGAGGGGCUUGGAAAGUGAACGUUAGUUAGAAGUGAUGUGUAAUUGGGGUUGGUGAGAUCGUUGCGGUUUCAUUGACAUGUUGGGGACAGAAAGAACGGUACAUCAGACGAAGUGGAGAGUCGAGUGGUUGGUUUUCAUCAUCGAACCUUAGAAUCUUGUGUGGUUGUGUCUCGCGGAAACGAAGCCGAACGUAUCAUUCCUGCAGCGAGACGAUGUUGCAUUCCCUGUAAAGAAAUCGUCGAGGAGUGAGCUUUUCCUCGACGUUGUACAUAAAUGCUCACAGAUCGUGGACCACAAAGUAUACUCCUAUUUAAUGGACCUUCAUAGGUUAAGAACUGUAUAGACUACUAUUAUUAAAUUACGAUCGUUAAGCGAGAACGUUUGCUUCGUACGACAGAAAGUGUAAAUUAGUGAAUUUCAAAAGAAACAUCUCUCUCUCUCUCUCUCUCAAUCAAUUUUCGUAUUAUAUUAUCUAUAUUUUCAUCUAAAAAAAAAAAAGACGAUCCGCGUGGUAUCACUUUUGGAACGGUAGAACCCCGUGGGUUGUCCAAUUUCCCUUUCAAAUAACUGUGAUUUUGAUGACUAUAUAGACGAGGAGGGUGUGAUAUAUCGACGAAUCGGGUGACACGUACGCGGUGAGAUAAACAUGUCAUUGACGUAUUCCGCGGUAUUAGCGGUGUUUGAGGAUGACCGACGUUAUCCAGGAUUUUCAAUAAUAGCGGGCCGUGCGAAUGAUCGGACCGGCCAGUGCGUGUAAUCCGCUGGGGGCGCUUGUCAAGAUCGUUUCGGCUGUCGUGGCUUGACAACCGCCUGGACAAGUUAUGUCGGGCCAGUGACGCGAGCAAAAGUUUGGAGAGAGGCCGAUGCGUCUGUCGACGAAACGGUGGCUUCUACUCCGCUCGAGUGAACAAGAGGAAGACAACGACGAAGAAACAGAGGAAGAAGAAAAGGAAGAAGACGAAGAAGAAGAAGAAGAAGAAGAAGAGGAAGAAGAGGAAGAAGAAGACGAAGAAGAAGGGGGGCGUGCUUGAGAGGAGCGCGUGCAGCUCGUUCGACCUGCUCUCUCGUCGUUUGCACGCGUGCAGCUCCCUGUGGUGUGCACGUGCGUGGCUGCGUGCGUGUGUAUAGUGCAGGAACCGACGAUGGAAUAUCGGUGAGGUCACGAGGUCACCGCAGAAUGCCUGAGCCGAGGGCGAAGCGCUGUAAACACUGUGACGAGUCUGGCCACAGGUUGGACAGCGGCUCCCCAUUCUGGAGGAUUCAGCUCGAUCAGGAUCUUCUAGACACCAUCAGCGCUAUAUACCCGGAGUGGUUUAAGGACUAUACUAACACCCGAGCCUCGACUUCCUCUUCGUCGAGUACUUCCGGUGGUCAGUUGAACACCGAGGGCAUCGUGGCCGCCGACACCAGUGCCGUCCUUGAUCACAAGGUCGCCAAAGGUGAUUCCAAGUCGAAGUCUAAGGCGAAGAAGGUGGACAGUCUGAAGGAUAAGGAAAGAGACAGGAAGGAAGCCAGACGCGAAUCCAAAGACGAGAGGGACGCUGGAAACGGUAAGAAAGGCACGAAGCCCUCGCCGCAGCAGGAUAAAGCGGCGGACGUGGCAGGAAGGAAGACCGCGGGUGUUCCAGGAUCGGGCGCAGAGAUGGCCGAGGGUAAUCAGUCGCCGCCGAAGGCGGAGGUCGACGACUCGUCGCUUCAACACGCCAUGGAUCGCAACAAGGAAUCGCUGAAGGUGAAGCUUACGCUGAGGCGACCCAUCAAUCAGCUGGUUGCGCAAGGCAUCAUGCCAUCUCUGAAGACACCACCGGCGUUUCACGAACAACGGAAGCAAUUGGAACGGGCGAAAACCGGUGACCUGCUGAAGGCGAAGAUCCAGCAGAGACCAGGUCGGGAGGAGCUGGUUAGACAGCAUAUCCUCGAAGAUGUGGGUCACGUGGAUCCGAGCCUGGCCGAAAGGCAACGGAUGCUGAAGAAGGCCAGGUUAGCCGACCAGCUCAACGACCAACUCAGUCAUCGACCUGGACCGCUUGAGCUCAUCCAGAAGAACAUUCUCCACACGGAGGAACCUAUUGAGAGGGCGGUUAAAGAGGGUCACAUUUCCUUCAAGGCCACCUGCGAAGGCCAAGUAACCAAGCCUCAGCAUCCAGACCAUUACAUCACCUUCGAGGAUGACUCUCAGAGUUCGGAAGGUGCACCGUCGCCCCAGCUGGAAUCUCGGUCGGACGUUCUGGAAACAGCGGCUGCCUCGGCUGGUAUAGUGACCGUUUCCCUUAGUAUUCCAACGACUGGCGGUGCCGUGGUGGUCUCGUCCACGUCGCCGGUGUUUCAACAAGCGUCGAACGAGUCGACGAUACAAACGUUCGCAGAGCUGUGCAAUACGGUGGUGGGUUCGCAGCAGCAACAGCAGCAGCAGCAAUCCCAGCAGCAGGCGCAACACAAUCAACAGCAUGCUUCUACGCAGGCGAGUCAGACAAACGGUCCAUCGACGACCCUCCUUCCACUGGCGCCGGCGCCGAGUCCGAUGUCCUUGGGCUCGACCACGUCCAGCCUGAGUCCCCUUUCCAAUAUCUCGAUAGCGUCGCCACCGGCACCACCGCCGGCCGCCAUCACCCCCAGGCCGCAACCAAGCCCCAUAGCCGCUUCUACGUGUCAGAGGAGCGACGCGCCCGGCAAGGAUAAGAACAGGAAGAAGUCGAAGACCAAAAGCCAACCCAAGACUCGUACCAUCAAGUUCCAUGAGUACAAAGGCCCGCCAAACGCUCAAAAGACCUCAGUGUCGUCUACAACUUCCGGCCUCGGGUCGGCACCGCCUGGCGAGACCAGCUACGAGCUACUCCUUCAGCAGCAACAGCUAUUUCUCCAGUGGCAGCUCGAAUGGCAGCAUAAGUACCCUCAGAUCAUUCUACCGGCAGCGCAAAAGCCGCCACUGUCUUUGAACAGCAGCGGUGCCAGCGAUGCUGGAAGCAUCAGCGGAAGCAGCGUGAACGCGCCGAGUCCUGCACCCUCGAAUUCCUCGAACAACCCCUCGGAACAACCGCCCUUAAGGCCUUUAGGCAAGCUGGAGGACAUGAAAGUGAGUGAUCUCAAAGUAGAGUUGAAACGUCGAAACUUGCCGGUAUCUGGCUCGAAGCCACAGCUGAUCGAGAGAUUAAAGCCGUUCACGGAAUCGUCUAGCGGUAACUCGACGUCUAGCUCAAAUGGACCGCACGUGACGCACAUGGGCCACAUAUUGAUGGACACCCCGGGGCCAGUCACAUCCGACGAGUCGAGUUCCCAUGCCAAAAGUCCUGGCUCAGCCGUCAAGGACGAACCUAACAGUCCUCGCACGGAUUCGCCGCAUGGUAGCGAACACGAUGAUCCGUCGAGUCCCCCAGUCCGUGUUUCAGGAGACGACAUAAUCAAAGAGCAAAGGAAACGGAUAGAAGAGUUGCAACGUGAAUUAUACAAGUCUCAACAACAACUUCAGCAGAUCCGUCAAACUCAACCGUCUACAGUUCACGCUGAGAAGCUGGUGUUGCAGCAACACAUCCAGAACAAGAUGCAACAACAGCAACUGGCGUUACAUUUGCAGCAGUUGCAGCACCUACAGCAACAACAGCAGCAACAACAACAACAACAGCAGAAUCAACAACAGUCUCAGCAGCAGACGCAACAGCAACACGCUACGUUCCAGCAAUUGAACGCGAAAGCCAGCCUCGCUGCGUUCUUGCAGGCGCAGCCAAAUAAUACUGCUGCCAUUCUGGACUCUUCGACUCUGACUGCGAUUAAUAAUAAAAAGAAUCAGACCAAGAACAGUGCCACCGUGCAAAUACCCGCAGCGAUAGUUUUCAACCUGCCCAAGCCAACGAAAUUAAAUGGCUCGCUGCUGAGCGCUUUGAUGGCGCAGGCGCAGGCUCAGCAACAGCAACAACAAACUGUUACUGCCGAAGAUGGAAAACCACCGCCUCCUCAGUACGACGAAGCCGCAAAACUUUUAAAGGUUAAAAUCGAACCGGUUCAGAAGAGUCACAUCAAGAGUCAAGUCAUGGACGAUGUGUUGGAAAUCCUGAUCAAGAAUGGCGAAUUACCACCGAGCGCCGCACAGGACCCAGCCACACCAACGACACCAAACAGACAGCUCCAACAAAAUUUGGUGUUCACGGCACCAGCGGACAGUCAGACUCAUUCGUUGGUUUUCACCGCUGCUAGUCCAAUCAGUCCGAUCAGUCCGAUUGCCAUGGAGGUUUCCCAGAGUGAUUGCGUGAGUUCACCGGCGCCGGCGCCACCGCCACCGCCUCCUUUGCCUUUGGCAACCUUCUCUAUCCAGCUGCCAACCGCGUUACAACAGUUACAGCAGCAGGAAGAGAUCUCGUCGUUCAACACAGACCUGUUAACCUCGGAGGGUGACCUGGACGCCGCGAUGCUGCUCAGCCCGCAGUCCGCUCAGCAAGCAUCGCCUGACCCUCAGCCUCCUCAAGAAGUAACGUCUUCGGAUAACGCGAAUUUAGACCUCAAGGAACUCGAGUUGGACCUCGAAACUCUAGACACGAUGGAUUUCAGUCAAUUGGAUUGCGACUUAGGAGUAAAAAUGGAAGCACCCCAAGAGUUGAUGGACAUCGGCGACAUGCCCAUGGACAUGGACGAUCCAGACUGGCUGGAUUCCCUGAUGCCUCAGUCUCCUCCGACUGCAUCCACGGUGUCGAAUCAUCAACCAGCCCCACCGACAAGUUUGUCGAGUGGUACAGACAUUUACGACCCGUUGCUAGCUAGUAGUCAAGACCCGUUUGAUCUCUUCAACAUGGAGGACUCCGACUUCAAGAUGUCUUCCGAUCUGUCACUAACUUGGGACAAAGUUGACUUCGCAACCUAGCCCGAGAUUUUUCCUCGGAGCUCGGCCUUGUGUACUUAAUCCACGUAUCAACGGGAAAACGAAAAGAUCCAGCGAGGCACAGAAACAACUUAACAACCUGGCAAAGCCAAGUGCUACACUUGUUGUGAUUAAUCUGUGACUAUUUUUGGUGCAUUUUUAUGAAUCGUUUUGCAGUUGCUUGCCUCUGAUACUGUUUUCUAGCGAGUUCGGCGUUGUGCAACUUCCCGUGGACAUUCAAACUAUUGUACUUACGCGUACAACUUACGCUUCUCGAUAUCGAGCGAAGAACUUUCUUACGAAAACUGAACUAGAAGUAACUAGCUAUGUAAUUUUCAUGAAAUCGCAAUUCUAGGUGAGUAAUUUAAACACGUGAAAAAAAAAAGGUGCAUAAUUGCGUGAGGAUCGUAGCGUGAAAACGCAAGGGUGAGAACAAGACCGCGAAGCAAUCAUUUCUAAGGGGUUUUAUAAUAGAAGAUAAUUGUCAUCAGUGCACGAAUACUUUGGUCUUCCUCGGUCAGUAUGAGAACCAAUGCAUAGUACCGUCGUUCUUUCGUUUCAUCGGAUCGGUCGCGCAUUAUCGCGUGGAUCUUUUUCUAUAAUCAUGGCUAUUUGAGAUUCGAAUGAUCGUCCGAACGGGACGAAUGUAGAAAGCGAAGAUGAGUUCGUAAUGACGAAUGCAUCCUGCGAUCGGAGAUAAGACGACAACGACGAUAUCUUCAAAAUUCUCCAAAGAAUCUCCUUACGAACGUUUUUAGCUAGUUUUUACUAUCCAGUCUACAGUCGUGUGUUGCUUGAGUUUUAAUAACUGCGAAUAGCAUGUGUGUUAAACAGGAAAACGGGAAAGUGGCGUAUAUGUUUUUCUCGUAUGCUUCUCCCUUCCAACCUCAUUUCCUUCGAACUACAUCCCUCCGAAACAGAACCUUAUUCAAUUAUAACGGUAUAAUCGAAAUACUUAUUUAUGAGAAUAAGUAUGUUGUAACGGUUAUAAAACGAUUGUAUGUAUAUAUAUAUGUAUAUACGCAUAGAUAUACAUAUACAUAUGCAUAUAUGUAAAAUAUAGUGUACGCUAAGUUCGAAAACACAGGUGCGUUCGGUAAGACAAAAAGGAAAAAGUAAUUAAAAAAAAAAAAAAAAAAAAAAAAAAAUGAAAGAAGAAGUAAAGAAAAGGAAAACCAGAAGAAGCAAGAUCGACGGCUUUCCCGCACAGCUAUAUAUAAUUUUUCUAAGGCAGAGCAUGUGAUGUUAGAGAUUACACAUACAUAUUAUAAUCAAUAAUCGCAUAGAAAUUUUCAGAAUGGGUGCAGACAAAAGGUAUACCGAUGUAAGGGUAUCGUGCGGUUCUCCUGUUUCUUCGUUUCCCUUUACGAAUCUUUUUUGUUGUUUUUGUGACAUUCCAUGUUUCCAAAUGAGCAAGAGAUCGAAGCUACGCGUACCACGAGCCACGCUUUUGUUCAUGAAUUUGUACAAGAGUUAAGAAGGAUUCGUCUCAGAAUUUUGAUUGGCCGAUCGAAGCUUCUAACCUAACUUUAUACAUCGCAUUGUACCCAAUUCGAAACGAUAAACACAGCUAUGUUUAUGUAAAAUUGGAUUGUGUCAAGAUAUUGUUAUAUAGGUUAUGUUUGUAUCGUAUGUGUUUCAUGUUGUAUUCUACUGAACGCAAAAUAGAAAGGAUCAGGGAAGAAGCCACGCGCCUUCCAUUUCUCUGAGACGUUCUUUGCAGAACCAAGUGGCUUCGUACGCCGACGUAACGAUAAAGGAUCGCACUGCCUAAAUCGGUAAUAAGGAGCGAAAGUGUUGAAUGCGUACAGUGUUACCUAGCGUGAUUAAUACGUGAAAAUGUAUGUGAGUGCGUCGAGACGGUAUCAGCGUAUGAGAUCAGCGAUGGUGCUAAUUGAAACCCCACUUAAAGCUAUCAGUUGUCCUCGAGUGGCCGCGAUUGAAUCACAAAGCAAUCUUUUACAGUACGGUCCAAUAAAAUUUCGGUAAUUCGGGAUACUUUUGUUAAAGUAAAAAAGUAUCUUAAUUUCUUUACGAUGUGUGAAUUCAAAUUCUAAAGACGAAGAGUGCUUUGUUGAUUCGAUUAGGCGUAGUCCCUUAUUUUCACGAUAGAAAGUGGCACUUUGGCAAGAAAAUACAUACCAUCAUCGUUCACCCCAUAUCGCACAAAGAAGCAGCAAAAAGCAACAUUCCAAACGUUCUUCACAUGCAAUAGAGAAACAUCGUAUCAGCCCCGAGACACCAUGCUCCUCGUAGAAACAAUGAAGCAAUCAGUCACGAUGCACCCUCAUUUUACGGUAGUUCCUUUGCAAAGCACUAAUUCUCACUUAACGUGUUUCUCAAUCAAUGUAAACGACCCGGAUCGUAAAUACUUAAAUAUCGUAACGAAAUUGGCGAUCGAAUGUAAUUAGAAAUACAAGCGGGUGAAUAAAAUAAGUAUAUUCGGAAUAAAACUCGAGCGCAACACCUUUCGCGCGCCAUAACCCACUCAAUUUACAGUGCCCUCUCGUGUUUAUGGUCAAAAUCAAUUCAGAAUCCGUGCAUUUAAAUCGUACGUGGUCCCAUUUAUUUUGAAUAUCGAAUAUUAAAAAUCGCUUUGUAACUACACUACUAAUUUUGCAUUUAAGCUCCAUAGCGCGGGAAAAUAUGGGAAAAGAAGAAUGUUUCCACGAAAAUACAGAAGAGAACAUGGUGCGUGAUCGGGGUAGAAAAUCGUGCCAAAAAUCCCCUUGCCACCGCGUAUCGCUUCGUCAUUACAAUUGUACCACCCGUUGCCAUGACAAUAAAAGUUUGUAUCGUGUUGUAAAAUAUUGUAUCAUACGUAAAUUAGAGUCAUGAGUAUGCCGACUUGUCAUCUAUGAAACGGGCUUGCUUGUACAAAUAUGUUUAGGAUAAAACAAUUGCGAUAUUUAAUCGCACUUAAGUGAUUACAAGCAAGCGGACGUCCAGCGCCAUCGACCAACAUAUAGCGUACGAUCCCUCAUCUUUUUUGUUUCUUUUUUUUAACGUAUUGCAGCAAAUAUCGUUGCUUAGCAUUGUAAUCCUGUAAUUAUUUCAUUUUCUUCGAAUCAUGAAUCAUGAAAUCUAUCGAUGAUUGAUUGAUUGAUUUGUCAGGCUGUGCGAAUCUGAUAGUCUGUCGUGAAACGCGUGAAAGUGUCUUUGUUUGUAUAAUCGAGCGUAUGAGAAUAUUGUCGGAUGAAUAUAUGAACAACAACAAAAAAAUAAGCGAUUAGAUGAAAUUCUACGGGACGAGACUCGUCUGUAUAUAGAGUUUUUGUGAAAUAUACUUAUAACAUGCUACGUGCGGUUGUACUGAAAGUAACAAAAGAUAAUGUAAUACGAACAUGAACAUGCGUACGCGCGGACACACACCUACAUACAAUCACACGAACAUAUUUUGUAUGAGCAUGCGAAAAAGAAAAAGGUAUAAGUUUUGUUAAGUAUCUAUGAAUUUAUUGUAAUGUACGUUUAAGUAACGAUCACGUAAUUAUUGCUAGAGAGAGUGUUAUUUAUUUUUAUUUGUUGCAAAUUUAUCGAUUGCCUUCCAUUUGAGUAAAUAAAUAAAUUUAAAGUUA